CUGGCAAUAACCCCCAGACCCCCUUCCACUGCACGCCCGCACUCGUUUGCCUCCCUCCUUAUAUUUCCCCCACACAAGACAGGGAAUUUACACAAUUGCCAUGGAAGAAUCCCGCCUCAGACAAAACCCUAGAAACCCUGCUUUCCUCUCCGACCUCUCUUCCCAAAAGCCUUCGCCUCCCAUUCUCGAACGCUUCCGAUCUCUCCUGAAGCAGAUCCAGGAUCAGAUCAGGCCCACAUCGUCCGACGGCGACGAUGACGACACCCUGCCGCGGCCCGAGAUGGAUGAGAUCGUGCGGCUCUACGAGGACGUCCUCUCGGAGCUCACUUACAAUUCGAAGCCGAUCAUCACGGACCUCACGAUCAUCGCCGGGGAGCAGAAGGAGUACGGAGAGGGCAUUGCGGACGCUAUCUGCCGUCGGAUCGUCGAGGUCCCAGCUGAGCAAAAACUGCCAUCUUUGUAUCUUCUGGAUAGUAUUGUAAAGAACAUUGGUCGAAACUAUGUGAGGUACUUUGCUGCUCGGCUGUCUGAGGUGUUUUGUGAGGCAUACAAGCAAGUUCACCCUAGUCAAUAUCCUUCUAUGCGUCACCUAUUUGGGACGUGGUCUACGGUGUUCCCUCCUUCAAUACUGCGCAAAAUUGAGUCUGAACUACAAUUUUCUUCAGCUGUGAGUCAUCAGACAUCUAGCUGGACAGCUUCAAGACCUUCUGAAUCACCAUCUCCCCGUCCAGCUCAUGGCAUUCACGUCAAUCCAAAAUACUUGGAGGCACGGCGUCAAUUUGAACAUUCAACGGUGAUGCAUGAAACUGAUCCCAGCGAUAAUGCACGUAUAGCAGAUUUUGGAGGAAAGGGAAUGGAGAGAAAUGCUUCAUCGAGCCCCAAAGGAUGGUCUGGAGCUUCUCCAAAAUUUCAUGAUGUUCAAAAUGAAAGGGGAGUUUCUUCAAGCCUACAAGCCUAUGGGCGAAAACCCACCAUUGGAUAUAUUGAGCAUGAAUUUGAGCAUGCUGAGGCGCUGCUGCCUCCACAGACUGCAGCAAGGAGUGCAUCUUUAGUAACUGGAUCUGAGAGUAAACUUGCUCCUCCAAAAAGUAAAGGUUUAAGGGCUUCAUCGGCUACAGGGAUCGGGCAGACAAGGCCUUUAUCACCACGAAGCAAUGGGUUCGCAAGGGAUAUUUCUCCUGGAAUCGUUGAAAGGGCUUCUCCAUCUCAUUCAGGAUUUUUAUCUAGACUUGGCAGAGUGAAUGACAGGGAUGGGGAGAGGAGUGAGUCAUGGGAGGGGAACUGGUCUGAUGGUGGAUCCCAACAAGUUGAAACUUCGAGUCCAUAUGCCCUUAGAAAUGGAUAUGAGCAGCGACCGCCGAGGGCAUUAAUUGAUGCUUAUGGAAAUUACAGAGGAAAAGACACCUUACAAGAGAAACUUUCAACGGUUGAACGGCUUGAUGUAAAUGGAAACAGUAAGAAAACCAACAGAAAAUGGCAAAAUAUUGAAGAAGAAGAGUACGAUUGGGAGGAUAUGAGCCCAACACCAGCAGAUCGUAGCAGGGGCAAUGAUCUUAUUGCAUCUGAUUUCCGGGCCAGUUUAAAGAGACCAAAUGCCGCACUUUUGGAACCUGAAUUCAGGAGCAACUGUCAUAGCCAGGCUCAGCUUUCUCAGCUUGGUCGUGAAUCAAUGACUACGAAGUCUCUUAGUACAGUAACCCAAAAUGGGUCAUUGCCUCAUUUUGAGGCUCCUUAUCAAACUCGGGAGCCUUGGAAUUUAUCACACCGUUUUUCACAAUCUUCAAACCCGUAUCUUACCCCACAAUCAAGAGCAGCUCUACAAAUGCCCUUUUCUGCAAGUGGAAUGGUUCCAUCAGCUGGUCAGAAAAUCUCUCCUCUUGAUAGCAAACUAGAAGCUGAAGCUCCGGUUUGGAGCUUCCCAACCAUUCAGUCGAGGAUGGGCUAUUCAAACCCUGGCACCUCAAACUUGGCGGUCCUGUCGUCUGCUGCACCAGCAUCAACAAUGGAGAAGCAUUUGGCACAAAGGCCACAUUCACCUCCCAUCACACAACACAUGCGGCCUCCAUUGCAUAAUUCUCUUCCUCCACCUUUGGUCCAUAGCCUUCCACACCGUGCACAGUUUGAUUUGUUGGAUGUUAACAGGUUAUCUGUUAAUCAUGGCCCAAAUAAGUCUUUGAUUUUGUCUCGGCCACAAUUUGAUGCUGCUGAUAGGACAAGCCUAAAUUCUUCAACGUUGCUCCAAUUUCCUCAGCAGCAGGCUGGUUUGGUUUCUUUGAUUCGGCCACCAAGUCAGGAACAUGCUGCUCUUCCUCCUGCCCCAGCAUCUCAUUUAGUGGCACAAACUCUAAAUCAUGGACCUAUGCAAGGACAGGGUUCCAUUCGGAAUGCAAUCUUUCCCAACCCAUUUCCUGGAAUAUCUUCUUCAUCUGUAACGAUCCAUAGUAUACCAGGUACCUCUUUCCAUGUACCAGGUGGGGCUUUACCUCCAUUACCUCCGGGGCCGCCUCCUGUCUCAUCACAGAUGGGGCCCACAUCUCAAAAUACAGGGCCCAUCAUCUCUAAUCAUCCUCCUGGGAGUGCAUUUUCGGGUCUGAUUGGUUCUCUCAUGGCCCAAGGUUUGAUCUCAUUAACAGCGCCAGCUGCCCCACAGGAUUCUGUAGGACUGGAGUUUAAUUCAGAACUUCUUAAGGUGCGUCAUGAGUCUGCAAUAAAUGCUUUAUAUGCUGAGCUUCCACGACAAUGCACAACAUGUGGACAGCGUUUCAAGUCCCAAGAAGAGCAUAGCAAUCAUAUGGAUUGGCAUGUUACUAAGAAUCGUAUGUCUAAAAACCGUAAGCAAAAGCCCCCCUCGCGGAAAUGGUUCGUAAGUGCCAAAGAAUGGUUUAGUGGUGCUGAGGCUUUGGGAACUGAUUCUGUUCCUGGCUUUUUGCCAACUGAAGCGGUUGUAGAAAAGAGGGAGGAUGAAGAAACGGCUGUUCCUGCAGAUGAAAAUCAGAAUGUGUGUGCACUGUGUGGGGAGCCUUUUGAUGAUUUUUAUAGUGAUGAGACUGAGGAGUGGAUGUAUAAAGGGGCUGUGUACUUGAACUCACAAGAUGGAUAUACAGAAGUCAUGGAUAGGUCGCAGUUGGGUCCUAUCGUGCAUGCCAAGUGUAGAUCAGAGUCUACUGCAGUUCCUACUGAAGAUUUUGAACAAAAUGAGGAGGGACUUAAUGAAGAGGGUAUACAAAGAAAAAGGAUGCGGAUUUAGAUUUAUGCUGAGUUGAUCUCAUUUGUAAAGUACUUGGGAGUUUCAUGGGCCGUCUAUGGUAUGCACAACUAAUUUUCCCUCAACAGUCAGACCCCUGCAUACCAUGACACCAUGUUAAUCUUGUAUAAUGUAAAGUUAGAGUUUGUACCAUUCACAUAAUCUUUCAACAGAAAGUUUACAGAUCUUCUCACAUUCCCUCACGCGACUCUUUUUCUUUGUUUUGCAGUCUACAAGUUUAAGGGAUCCUUUUAAAACUAUAUGUUGUUGUUUACAGGACCCACCUCAUCCACAUUUGAAGGAAGUUUUUGGCCCACAAUACAAACUGAAAAAUGUCUCUAUUUAUCUGUCAUGCUAACCAUGUCAUCCCUCAUAGGGAGACUUGUCUGCAAUUUUAUUUCUUUUAUUUUCUUCCUCUUCUCCUUAAUUUUCUGCAGGGGAGUGAUGGAUCAGAUCAGAGCAUGGCGGCAGUCCCACCAACAGCUCCUGCAUGUAAUUUUUCCCUUCAUUUUAUUUGUUAGGAAUUACGGGUGUAGCCGUUUAUGAAUUAAUUGAGACUUUUAGACUUCUCUCUC